CGAAUAUGUUGGACACACAUCAAAGGCUCCAUGCACGGAUGUAGUCCAUAAACUUGGUUACCUCAAACUAAUUUCAGUUUCCUGGGAAAGCAAAGGAUUCUUUACCGCAUCUCAUUGUCUCGAGCAACCAAAUGGAGCCUUGAAGCUCACAGUUUUUUUAUGCACCAUUGAUUAGCAACAUUAGAAUUGGGUUCCAUGCAUGAUGCAUCUUAUGGGAGGAAGAUCAGAAGAACUGGAAAGUGUGAGCAUUUCUAUAUGGUAUUCCCCGAAUAUCAAAUCCAACUUUUUCUUUGCACAGCUAUCUUUGGUUCCUGUCAAGAAAUCUAUAUCCUGUUCUCCUCCAUGGAUGUAUGGCUUCUAAACAAAUCCUUCUCUGGUUCUCUUCCUUGAGAAGAUUAUAAAAGACGAGGAAGCAGACCGAACCCAUUGGGACCCAUUACCUGCUUUUCUCAAUCUUUGCAUGUCCAUUAUUAUGUUGUCCAUCUCUGCAGAUUAUACCUUUUUGAUCUUUCCCCAUGGACUGUAAUUUAAUGGGUCUUGCAUAUUCUGUGACUCUUUGAGCUUAAAGAAUCACCACUCACCUUUGAAGUUCUCAUCUCAUCCCUCGGAAGUAGUUCAACGCCUUCAUGAUCUUUUUUUUUUAUUUAUUUUAUUUUUAUAACCCACCACGCUGCCAUGCUCUGUCUCUGAUUAAUUGUUUAGAGAUCACACACCUUUCGGUUCUUUGUCAUCUGUUCUUCAAUCCUCUUCUCCUUUCCUUUAUAAGCACAGCCAUUCCAAUAAAAACACUCCACUGCUUCCCGGUUCCCAGCUUUCUGAUUAAGGAGUGAACAGAUUGCACUGCUCAAGAGUUCUGUUCCAGAAAAAGAGGAAAAGAAGAAAGGGAAACGUACUCAUGGCAGCAACGCUUUUUCUUCUUUUCUUCCUCUGUGUCCUAGUCUCCACUAAUGCUGAGAUCUCUAGCAAGAUGGGUAUAAACUACGGUCGGCUGGGAAACAAUCUCCCAUCACCAUCUCGUUCGAUCGAGUUCAUCAAAACCCUGGAAGCAGGUCGCAUUAAGCUGUACGAUGCAAACCCAGAAAUCCUGAACGCCCUGGCGUGGACCAAUAUCCAAGUAUCAAUAAUGGUUCCUAACCAGUUAAUAUCCAAUAUCUCUUCCAGUCAGGCCGUCGCAGACGAAUGGGUGCGAACGAAUGUCAUCCCUUUCUAUUCCAAGACUUUGAUUCGCCAUCUCCUUGUCGGCAACGAAAUCUUUAACUUCUACUCCGACGAAGACAGGCAAACCUGGUACAAUCUCGUCUUGGCAAUGCGUCGAAUCAAGCAUUCGCUUUCAACAUAUAACAUCCGAAACAUCAAAGUCGGGACACCAGUCGCCAUGGACAUACUAGAAACGGCCUUCCCACCUUCGAACGGAGCGUUUCGGUCCGAUAUCGCCGUACCGGUGAUGAAGCCUCUGCUUCAGUUCUUGAAUCGAACUAGAUCGUUUUUCUUCCUCGAUGUCUACCCUUACUUCUCCUGGUCCAGAGACCCCACGCGCAUCAACCUGGAUUACGCGCUUUUCAGAGGGAACCGAACCUAUACCGACCCUCGGAGCAGAUUAACCUACACCAACCUCCUCGACCAGAUGCUUGACUCGGUUAUCUUCGCCAUGACCAAGCUCGGGUUCCCAAACGUAAGGCUGGUGAUCGCCGAGACAGGGUGGCCCCAUGCCGGAGACAUCGAUCAAAUUGGAGCGAACAUCUUCAAUGCCGCCACGUACAAUCGGAACCUCAUCCGGAGAAUGACGUCCAAACCGCCAGCCGGAACGCCGGCCCGACCGGGUGUGGUCAUACCGACUUUCAUUUUCGCAUUGUACAAUGAGAACCAGAAGGGUGGACCGGGAACGGAACGACAUUGGGGACUGAUGAAUCCGGACGGAACCCCGGUUUAUGAGGUCGAUCUGAAUGGGAAACGGCCGGAAAAUGACUUCAAGUCGUUGCCGGCGCCGUUGAAUAAUGAGCUGUACAAGGGGAAGAUUUGGUGUGUGGUGGCGGACGGAGCGAAUUCAACCGAGUUAGAAUCGGCGAUUGAGUUCGCGUGCCGUCUGGGAAACAACACGUGCGAUGCGAUCCGGCCCGGGAGCGAGUGUUAUCACCCGGUUUCGUUGGUCUCGCAUGCGAGUUACGCUUUUAGUUCUUAUUGGGCCCAGUUCAAGCAGUCGGGUGGGACUUGUUACUUCAAUGGACUAGCUGUUCAAACCACAGAAGACCCAAGUAAUGGAUCGUGCAAGUUCCCAAGUGUGACCCUUCGAGGAUGAUCAAGAUAAAGAUGUUUCAGAGAUACAAGGAAAAGGGCUUUUCUUUUUCUCCUUUCUUCUAAUUUGUUAGUGCAUACUUAAUUGACCCAGUUUGGUUUUCUUUUCAAUUUUUCAAUUACAGGAAUACCAUGUUAGAUACAAUUGAGUGUGAAAAAUGGAAAUGAUUUUCUGGUUA